AUGGCUUAUAUCGAUCUCGAGCCAUUUAUCUACGUCGAAUCGGCGGCAAUCGAGCCCGAAAAUAACGACGAUGGGUGCCCCAGCACCGAUGCUCCCGUUGGGCGCGGGUGCUUGCACAGUUCGAGACCACUUGUGGAGACCGGUCUCUCUUCUAGUGUAACGAAGCCAUCAAGUGCUAGAGCGGCGGUCCAGCGCUACCAUAGCUGUGACUCGGGAACCGGAACUCUCAGAUGGGAUCACCUAUAUUAUGGGAACGGGACGGAUAUGCAUUGUUCGGCUGUAGGCCUAAGGCUUGAAGCCCUCCCGUUAUACCUUUCGUUCUGUAAAUCCCACCUCCCUGUCUUAUCCAUUAUGCCUCUCGAAUUCUGUCGCCGCAGGCACACAACGCAUCACAACGAAGCAGCGAACGUUGACGCCAUGCCGCCACAUCCCGUGCUCAGUCCUACGCCUGCUAGCCCAACGAUAUCUGAACUUGCGCUGGACCCAAAGUCAUUCCAAAGGAUGAUCUCGCCGACUUUUUCGUCAGACUCGGCCCAGUCGUCUGCAAAGUCUUUGACAGAUCUCGUCCUCGACAACGAUAUCUAUGAUGCCAUAUUGGCAUCGAGCAUGAAACAUGCUAAGCUUUCCAUAGAGUCUAAUAAUUUAAUGCCUCCUCCUUCGAGCGCAUUGUUGGCGCCGCCGAAUACUCCUGCUGUUGCGGAGGAAAGGAAGAAUUGA